AACGACGUAAUAACAAAUUGAAGAAAUCUCCAAAGCAUCAGAAACGAGUACAAAGACGAGAAAGAAAUUUUCAAUUAAUUUUUGGUUUUUUGAAAAAUUUUGCAUUAUAAUUUAUAUUUUGUUAAUAGUGUACACACAACUGCAAAGCUUUAUGCACAAGCCAAAACGUUCAGAAUUAUUUUUUUGAUGGUAAAAAUAUAGUUGUAAGACUGCAGUUAUUGCUAAACAAAAAAUAUAGUAAAAAACAUAGAUAUCCUCCGAAAACCGAAUUUGUUUACGUAACCUAUUCUUCCAAAACAUGAACUUAUCAUCAUCUUCCAAUCGUGACAUGUCUCGGGCAGACUCCGAAACACCACCAUCAAGCGCUAGAAAUAAAAACAAAGGGCAACUCAAUGACACGUCACUAGGUGGCAGUAGCAUAUAUGAGAGCGCCUUGGAGAAUCUCACCGCUUAUACAUCUUUUGACGGAAGUGCCAAUGACAAUUCACUUUUCAAUGUAUCCACCGAUGCAACAUUAAACGGCGGCGAUUCACAUCGAUACAACACAACCACCGGAUCUUGCAGCUCUACUGCCACUCGUGAUUUGAAUAAAAACAUUAGCGCCAGUAUGCUGUUAAUACAGUCGGAGAGCACCGAGACAAAUGCAUCACAAGAAGAAGUUGAUCCAAAAUCCCAACUAGCAAAUAAGACAAUAUUUAAAACGGAUAAUCCAGAUUUGUCAAUUAUAGAAAUUAGUGAUAAUUCAAUUAAAGAGCAGGAAGCUGAAAAUUCCUUUUUCCUAAUCGAAUCUAAUGAUGACAGGGAUCAGCAGAAAAAUUUAUCUAAAACUGUUGGUGGGGCGAAACAAAAGAUUUCUCCUUUAAAAACUGCCGAUAAUGCUGCUACAGCAUCUUCGGAGAAUCGUCGUAAAAAAGCCGAAACACUCAUUCAAUCCAGUAAACAAACACUAAAUGUAGAUGUAGCUGAGGCAUUUGCUGCUGAAUCCAAAGCAGCUAGUGGUGAUACAAAUGACAUUGAUGAUGCGGUGCCAGAAGAAACACAUCCCGCAACCAAGCGUGAAAUAAAAUUAUACGACACCAUAGAAGAGUUCGAAGAAAAUUUGCCGUCGACUGUGACAGUGUUGGACACACCAUUCGGUAGCAGAGUUUAUUUGGUGGGCACAGCUCACUUCAGUGAGGAGUCGCAGGAUGAUGUCUCUUAUGUUAUACGCAAUGUCCGUCCAGAUGUGGUGAUGGUUGAACUAUGUCCGUCACGUGUACAUAUCUUGAAACUUGACGAAAAAACACUGUUAGAGGAAGCUAAAAACUUCAAUUUUGCUAAGAUUCGCAGCAUUAUACAGACACACGGUUACAUUAACGGCGUUUUCUUCAUCUUGUUAUUGCAAAUGAGUGCACAAAUCGCCAAGGAUUUGGGCAUGGCGCCGGGCGGCGAAUUUCGGCGAGCAUUCGAAGAAAUACACAGAAUUCCCGGUUGUAUGCUACAUCUUGGCGACCGACCUAUACGCAUCACCUUACAUCGGGCGUUGCGUGCUCUCACUUUGUGGCAGACAAUGAAGCUGGUAUGGCGCCUCACAUCCACCGACACCAUAAGUAUCGAAGAAGUGGAGGAAUGUAAACAACGCGAUUUGCUCGAAAAGCUGAUGCAAGAGAUGGCUGGAGAAUUUCCAGAGUUCUCGGAAGUAUUUGUGAAGGAGCGUGAUAUAUUUCUUUGCCAUUCAUUGCAGCUGGCAGCUUUACCACAAAUGCCAACCGAUGGCUCUGGUAUACCCCGACCAGUGCGCGUCGUUGGUGUUGUAGGUAUUGGGCAUGCUAAUGGCAUUGCGGAAAAAUGGGGAAAAGUGGAUCCAUCGUGCAUACCAGAGAUCAUGAAAAUACCACCUGGUCGUUUAAGUACACGCCUUGCUUGGUAUUCAUUCCAAGCUUCUCUUUGCAGUCUCGUACUGUAUCAAGGGUAUAGGAUUUUAAAGCCAUGCCUAAAACGUUUAUUUUAAUUGCUUUUCAAAGCGAUGAUAACUGCUGUGUGAAAAUCAUUAUCGAUUUACUUUUAAAACGUAGAUAUAUUUACACAUAUACAUAUAUAUAUAUAUAUAUAUACCUAUGUACAUAAAUGCUGUAACCGCAUCAAAACUAAUUUAAAAGCACAACAUUGUGUGAUCUCCACAUAAAUGUGCGCAUGAGUUGCGAAUGAUCAGAAAGAAAGAAUUUUAGUUAAAAUAAGAUAUUUAUAUAAGAUACGGCGAAUUUUCAGCUGUGUGAUCGUUCUCAAUACCUAUGUAUGUGUUACAUACGAAGCAUGCAAACAGUUCCAUACAAAUAUUGUAUUUUCAUUUAAUUUAAUUAAAUUGCACAAUGCAGUAAAGGAUAAUAAAAAAUUAAAGGUUUUCAAAGGCCGCAUAAUCGUUAUUGAGCCGCACUAAAAAUAGUAAAACAUUCGUUCAAAAGAAUAUACAUAUGUUGUACAGAAAUCUUAAAAAAAUGUGUGAUUGAAACUAUCAAAAUUAAAAUACAUAAAAUAAGUGUAGAAACUAGGAAAAAAAUUUUGAAAAACAAAAAUACUGGUUAAUUGUAGAUUACUAAAUGCGUUCGCAGAUCAAUAAGUUUUAGAUGUGCCCCAGGUAAACUGAUAGUUACGUCAAAGCCAGCCUGCCCGGAUUUACAAAACAUUGCGUCUAUCAGCCCAACAUUCCCAGUAGUAAAAUGUAUGAUCGUAGAAUAUUCCAAACAUGUCGAAAGCUAUUAAGAUCACAUUUUAAAAUCAAUGUGGACCCUAAAAUAUAACAUAUACUAUAUACAUAUGUAUAUAUUUUUUGUAGUUUUAAAAUGUUGUAUAAGCAUAGAUGUACGCUUGUCUGUAUUCUGUAAUGUAAAACUGUCAUAAAUACAAACCAAUGCAAAAGCACAUAUAUAUUUAUGUCAUAAAAUA